AUGUCAGAUUUGAACAGCCUCGUCGCCGCCUCGAUGCUCGAGUUGUGGUUGUGCCAGCAACUCCUUCCACUGCACGAUCUCCCUGCACGCUGGGACAACAACAAGCUGUCUUCUCCAGGGUAUCCGUUGAGCAUCAUGGAUCUAUUCAGAGACAGUCAGAACAACACCUUGAAAGACAGCAUAAUCAUUGCCAGCCAAUUCGGAUAUCGCGUAGCUUUCGACCAGUUCCAUGCCCAAAUCGCGGAGGGUGCAAUGCACGACUCUGGCGAGCGCUUCGACCCACCCAAAUGCUACCCGGGCACUCGGGAGGUUGUCCUCAAGCAGCUCCUCGACUGGAUCAUCGCGCACGAUCGCGAAUCCUUCAUGCACUGGCUCCACGGACCAGCAGGUGCUGGCAAGUCCGCAAUUCUCCAGGAGAUCGCAGAAAGAUGUGCACAAAUGAAGCUCCUCAUCGCAAGUUUCUUCUUCUCCCGGACAGCUGCAUUGCGGAACAAUAAGAAGCGACUCGUUGCCACUCUGGCUUAUCAGCUUGCACAGUCGGUACCCGAAACACGACCUUACAUCGAGAAGGCGAUCGGGCACGAUCCAGCUAUUUUCUCGAAACGACUCCAAUCCCAGUUUCAAGCCCUGAUCGUCGAGCCUCUCAGCCAAGCUGCCUCGACUGCUGGCGAGGAUCUUUACGCUGUGAUACCGGCAAAUUCGCUACUCGGAUCGCGGGAUAUUUUCGAUGUCUUGCUUGCACCAGCUCAAAGUCCUGAAUUGCAGAGUGCUAUCUUGAUUGACGACUCGUCGUUGCGGCUUCGUGACUGGUUUGAGGGGCAAUUCAUGUACAACAAAACCAUCUAUGCGGAUGAACAUCGAUAUGCGUCAUUUAUUCGAAAACUCCUAGAACCUGAAGACUUUACCAAGGCGGCAAAGGUCCUGGUGUCGCACAUUAUUUCAUAUCAGUGA